AAGACCCCUCUUGGAAACACACGACGGUGAGCAGACUAACAACCGACCAACAACAGAAAACUGACAGACUUGCUGUCUCACAGACCCUUCAGAAUCAUGAUGGAGCUUUCAUAUCAAUCCAUGAUCGCUCAUCAAGCCCGGGAGGCGGAUGAGCUGAGGACUGAGAUGAGGAAGAAGAGCCUCCUCAUCCUCAUCUACCAACACCUGCUGGGACAAGGCUAUGUAGCCGCUGCAGUGGCCUUGGACCAGGAGACAAAUGGAGGCGUGAGGAAGUUCGAGGUUUGUGAUAACAUCGAUCUGGAGAUGGUGCUGAUGGAGUAUGAAAGCUAUCACUAUGUCAAAUUCCAGAAAUAUCCCAAACUUAUUAGGAAAACAGCAGAACCAGGUGAAAACAGAUAUGCAAAAAGUGGUGGAGUAAAGAGGAGUCCCUGUUCAGCUAUGAAGCCUCUUCCCAAAAUCAAUCCUUCCCAGAGUCCACAGUCUGGAAACGGACCCAAGAGGGCAGCCACCAGUGAGAAUGGCUUAUCUGUUCCUCCAGAGUCAUCAGAGUUUGGUCUCAAUGUUUCCUCCAUCAAAAAUAUUAUUUUUGGAACAAAUACUUGUGAACUUGAUUGUAUGUUGUUUUUGCAGGAACGGCUGCUGAAGCCUCUUAGUGGCUUCUCUGGGAUGAGUGGUGAGAUGAGAGAACUGGCUGCAAUCAUCAGCAGGGACAUCUAUUUGCACAGUCCCAACGUGCGGUGGGAGGACAUCAUCGGCCUGGAGGACGCCAAGCGAUUAGUCAAAGAGGCCGUCGUCUAUCCCAUUAAGUACCCCCAGCUGUUUACAGGCAUCUUGUCUCCAUGGAAGGGCUUGCUGCUUUACGGCCCCCCAGGUACAGGAAAGACCCUGCUGGCCAAGGCAGUGGCCACAGAGUGUAAGACGACCUUCUUCAACAUUUCAGCCUCCAGCAUUGUCAGCAAGUGGAGGGGAGACUCUGAGAAACUGGUCAGGGUCCUGUUUGAGCUGGCCAGGUACCAUGCCCCAUCCACCAUCUUUCUGGAUGAGCUAGAGUCAGUGAUGGGCCAGAGAGGAACCAGCAUGGGAGAGCAUGAGGGCAGUCGCAGGAUGAAGACAGAGCUGCUGGUUCAGAUGGACGGACUGGCAAGAUCAGAGGACCUGGUGUUUGUACUGGCUGCUUCCAACCUGCCAUGGGAACUGGACCAUGCCAUGUUGAGGAGAUUGGAGAAGAGGAUUCUAGUGAGUCUUCCCUCCUCACCAGCUCGCCAAGCCAUGAUCUCUCAUUGGCUACCUCCUCUCAACUCCACAGGAGGAGUGGAGUUACGAACUGAAUUGGACUAUGAAACCCUGGCAAAGGACAUGGAAGGUUACUCUGGCUCUGAUAUCAGAUUGGUGUGUAAGGAGGCUGCCAUGAGACCAGUCCGCAAGAUCUUUGAUGCCCUGGAGUCAGAGGACACUGACAUGCCUGCCAUCCAGCUGGAAACGGUGACAACAGCUGACUUCCUUGAAGUCAUUGCACAUACCAAACCCUCGGCCCGAAACUUGAUGGACAGAUACACAGCCUGGGAGAGAGAGUACGAGUCUGUCUGACACUCAUACAUACAAAGGCACAUUUUAACAUUAAAAAAACAUGAAAGACUUUUACACUAACACUACAACAUACAAAUACAUACAAAUUAGCAUACUGUAGUUACACUUAAUGGGAGAUGUAGCAAGAUUUUCAAGAGUAUGUUAUUUUUUAACAAGCAUUUUUUUAACCUUUGACAUAUGUGACAUUACAAACCUAGUACAGUAGGAUGGGACAGCACCAGUCUGAUAGCAUAGAGCAUAUAUGACUUCAUAUUUGAGAAACAUAAGACGAAGCAGCAAAAUAAUGUGUGAAUACAAAUUUCCUGAAGAAGUACUCCAAACAGUAAUACUCUGAGACAGUGCUACUAUUUUUUAAUGUUGUCUGUAAUUUUAUUUAUUUGUACAUGAUCAUAAUCACAAAAAAUAUUAAAUGAUUAUUAC